UCGAACUGUCAUAGAUUACAGAAAGCCAGGGACUCCAAAGCACCGCGCGAUGUGUUGUCAGUCCUGUCAAACUGGCAGAUUAUGAUACUUGGAACUCUACACCCGCAGGAUGCCGACUAUUUAGAAAACAAAACUGUUGAAUUCAACAAAGGUAUUUAUUGCAUUUUCAUAGCAUACGAUAUUCUUGCAUUUUCGUUGUAACUGGAUACAAAUUUCAACCAACAAGUGGAAUUUGGUGCGGAGAGAAGACGCUCCAACUAAAUUGGUUGCAGUCAUGGAAGAACAGAAGGAUCAAAAUAGCCGAGAUUCGAGCGAGGGGGAUAGCGUUUCCCUCUCUCCCAAUCUUCCGUCUCCUCCGAUCUUGCCUCACCAGGCAGCGCAGCAAGCCCACAGAACCACCAACUUUUUUAUUGAUAAUAUUUUGCGGCCAGACUUCGGCUGUAAAAAGGAGCUUGGCUGUAGGGAGCGGGCGCAAACCUCGGGCAGAGAGAACGUCAACCCUUUGAUAAUAAGGCCAUCUCAUCCCAGCGCCCUGUGCCAGGAUUCAAACUGUAGUAGUGACAGCACUUCUUCUUCGUCGUCUUCAUCGUCUUCGCCCCCCUCCAAACAGGGCUCGUCAAAGCCGGGGGAAGGAAAUGGAACUAAUUCGACUAAGUACGGGGAGAACACCGCGUCGAUUAUGGAUGUGAACGCAAGUAAUGGUGGACCUUCCCUUAAAGAGUCUCAGCCGCUGCUUUGGCCUGCCUGGGUUUACUGCACGAGAUAUUCAGACAGACCGUCAUCUGUUUCUACACUAGGCCCAAGGACACGAAAAUUGAAAAAGAAGAAAAACGACAAGGAAGACAAGCGACCCAGAACCGCAUUUACGGCCGAACAGCUGCAAAGACUUAAAGCCGAGUUUCAGGCCAAUCGCUAUAUCACGGAGCAAAGGAGACAGUCACUGGCCCAAGAACUGAACCUCAACGAAUCACAGAUCAAAAUCUGGUUUCAGAAUAAGAGGGCAAAAAUAAAAAAGGCUAACGGUUACAAGAACGGCCUGGCCCUACAGCUCAUGGCGCAGGGACUGUAUAACCAUUCCACUACUACCAUUCAAGAGGACAAGGAGGACAGCGAGUGAGCACGUCCCCAAACAAUUCUCUCUCAAUGUGCUAUAGACACUAAAGGGAGGGACGGACUUUUAUUUUUCUGAUUUUUAUUAUUAUUUUUGGUGAAUAAGAAGAAAAUACGAACGGAAUGGGACAGGUGCUAUUUAAAUCAGAUCUCUGUCUAUCGCAUAGUAUAUGGACAUAACUAUAUAAAUGACGAACAUGAUUAAAAAUCUAUAUAUAGCCAAACACUAUGACGUUGUAUAUAUUUAAGUUCAGGUAAGGGUGUCUCUAUAUCGAUCCCUACUUGCUGGAGAUUUCUAUCUUUUUUUCUUUAUGAUGUUGUUGCUCAUUGUUUUAGUAAAUGUCUGACUCAGUAGGGUUUUUUUGUGAUUUUUGUCUCCCAAACCCCCCACUAAACCCACAAUUCGACAGACUGCGUUCCUGGACCGCCGCUUCAAGCCAAAGAUUUUAAUAUGUUCAGAAUAUAUGUAGUCUGAAAUAAAAGUGUAGAAUGUGCUCUCAAUUGCUUUUAUCCCUUCUGCUGAAAUUCCUUCUCAGCGUUCACUAUUUGAAUUAAACCGUGUGAUUAACUGUGCUGUCUGUCGCCCUAAUCCAGACAACGGUUCGCUAGGCCUGGCGUUUGCUUCGCUGUGGAAUCACAUCAUCUCGGAAUACUAUUCCAUAAAACAUAAAAGGGAUUCCAUUAGAU